CAAGAUGCGAAGAAUCAAAGAUGCAUUACUUCCGGUCGAGGCGUGAUGUGCAAUGAGGGAACUAGAGGAUUAUAUUGUAGAAAUGGAGAAUAGAAAUUUGGAAAUGGGCCAGAGCAGCGAGGAUCUCUUGACGCAGUUGCGUCUCAAGGAAAACGAUUUACAAUUGGCAGCGGAACUGGGGAAGGCCCUUUUGGAAGAGAACGAAACUCUGAAGAAAAGACAGGAUAGCAUCGUCGAAGAAUACACUAAGAAACUUGAAUUCUGCGUACGCCUCGCGCCAAGGCACUUUCCGGCCAAUGAAUAUGAGCACGGUAAUUGA